AUGGCUGCUUCACGCCCACUUAGCCUCCUCGACCUUCCGGCGGAGAUCCGCUCCCUCCUACGCUCGAACGUGGACAACACCAAGCCUGUAGAUCCCCGAGACAUCAUCAACGUCGCACUCUACCAGCCUAUGACACACCACACUGCAAGAGUAAGGGUAGACAAAUCACAAGGAUCAUAUCAUCUGUUUUGGUUCGAGUCAAGAGACGAGGCCCCAGACGGAUACCAAGAAGGUUUACAUGUUCACGUUCGGCCAGCAUUACUGACGGAUGAGGAAGAAUGGUUGUUCGAUGCGGAGCGUCCACUGACUCAAGUCAUGCCAAUCGGACUUGCGACACCGGCAAAGACUGUGACGGAUGGCACGACAAUCGAGGACGAAGAGUGGGAUGAAGACUGGGCUGGGGGCUUGCGAUACUUCUAA